AUGGAAUAAUAAUUGCAAAUUCUCUUUUAACGUUUAGAAGAAUUCAAAUAAGAUCAGAAUGAAUAUUGGGAAGAAGUUAAGUAAUUGUCAGAUGAAACAGAUGAGAAUCAAUUACCUGUAAUAUUAGAGAAUGAAGAGGAUUGCAACUCUUCAGAGAUACUCACGAUUCUUAAUCAAAUAAUGACAUUAGUUAAUCAUUUGAGAGAAGGAGAAAUCAAAGUAAUUUAAUGUUUUAAGUAGAUUAUUGAACGAUAUAAGUAUGAAUUAAAACAAUUAGCACUUGAAUUGAAGGAGACUCAAUAAUACAAUAAAGAAAUGAAAUCUAUAAGUAUCUAAACUGAUUAAGAUCAAUACGAAAAGAUGUAUUUUCAAGAGAGACAACGCUACUCCUAAUUAGAAAAGAAGUUUGAAGGUCUUAAAAGACUUGAUGAAUCAUCCUUUAAAUAAGAUGUAAUGAUAGAAUUGGCUACUCUAAAAAAUAAAAUACAAAUUUUGACUGAAACAUCAACAGAAGCUGAAACAUUAUUGAUAAAGAAAGAUUAAUAAGUUAAAGAGUACCAAAAGCAAUUAUAGAAGUGCCAGAAAGAAUUGACAUAAAAAAGAGCCGAAUUGUCGAGUCUCAAUGAUUAAUUGAAGAGUAAAGAUAUCAAUUUACAGAUGUCUCAAAAUAUGAAUAGAACAUAUGAAACAGAGUUAUAGAAGGUCAGCAGAAAGAAUAGUGGAUCUUUGAAAAGACCUACAAAGUGUUAUGAAACCUUAACUCUUGAGAUUCAGGAACUGACUUACAACAACUCAUAACUUAAAUAGUAAUUAUUGUUUACACAGAGGAGAUUAAAAGAAUUAGCAUCUGAAUUGUAAGCCAAGGAGUAAUAAUUAGUAGAAGUUCUCAAUCAAAUUGAUGAAAUCAAAUAACACAUGCAAUAAACCAAUAAAGAGGAUGAGUUAAAGGAAGCUAUGGAGUAUUUAGAAUUAAAGGAUAUAGAAAUUGAUAGAUUACAUAGGGAACUUGAUAAUUAUAAAAGAAAUGUAAAAGAUAAUCCAUAAAUAAGAGACCUGUAAAAUCUCCUCUUAGUAAUGUCUAGAAAUCUCUAAGAGAAAGAAUAAUAACUAUUAAGAUAUUAAUAAUACAAUUGA